UACUUUAUUUGUGGAUGACAUGUAUCUAAUCUUUUAUCAAUUGAAGUAUAUUGCAACUUUUUAGAUGUGUAAUAAUAAAUCGAGUCUUAGUUAUGCAGGUAUAUAUUCAUCAUCAAAUUACUCCAAUAAAUACCUACAUUGGACAGUAAAAAUGAUGUGUCUGUUUGUGUAUACACUGUUUGCGUAUUUCUCAUUUAUUCCUGUAAGUUUCCAAACUAGCGUCGAAGAAGCUUGCAUAGUAAAAGAGUUCGAAGAAGUAAACAAUGUGAUAAAUAACUGCGAAGAUAUUAUUUUGGAUAAUCUGGAUAUACCUGGUGGCGACCAGCUGAUACUAAAUUUAAGUGAAGGUAGUACACUUACAUUUAGAGGAAAUACCUCCUUCAAUUUCUAUGAAUGGACUGGUCCUUUGAUGACUAUUAGCGGAAAUAAUAUAAAAGUGAUAGGAGAAAAGGACUCUGUUAUCGAUGGACGAGGACCUUUGUGGUGGGACGGUCAAGGUACAUGGGGCAGCAAAAAGCCAAGGCUUUUAAAAAUACAGGUCACAAAUGCAGUGUUCGAUGGCAUCAAUAUUAAGGAUUGUCCAUCACUGUGUGCUAUGGUUAACGGAGACAAUCUUGUUAUAAAAAAUUGGUUUAUUAAUAUCUUAGAAGGAGACGAGGGUGUAGCACCAGAAAAUAAGUUCGCACACAAUACGGAUGGGUUACAUCUAGAACAUUAUUAUUCAAACGAGAAUGUUACUAUUGAAAAUUGCGUAAUUUAUAACCAAGAUGACUGUAUAGCUAUUGCUCGAGCAAAAAAUGUUACUGUUCGAAACUUAUUUUGUCAUGGAAGUCAUGGACUUACUAUAAGUGGCACAAAUUCAACAAUUGAAGAUGUUUUAUUUGAAAAUUCUAUCAUUACAAUGGCCCAAAAUGGCAUUCACGUUAAAACGCACGUACUGGAUGGAGAUGGAUUAAUUAAAAAUGUAGUGUACAGGAAUAUAACAAUACUAGAUGCUAAAAAUUAUGGUAUAAGUGUUGAACAGAACUAUCUAAAUUUACCAGCUGGGCAACCGCAGGACGGUCCACCAUCCAACCACAUCCCUAUUUACAACCUCUCAAUGCAGAAUAUAUAUGGAAAUGUUUUAAGCGGAGGCAUACCGGUAUUCAUACUAUGUGCUGACGAAGGGUGUUUUGAUUGGAAAUGGGAAAAUGUUAAUAUACUCGGCGACAACCAAAAUAAUAAUUGCACUGGUUAUGCUCCUGAGCAGUACGAAUGUUAAUAGGUUUUGUGUAUUUACAAUAUUGUCGAAAUAUAAAUCACAUUUCGACAGUUUAA